GGCUCCGUAUUAAGGCUAUUGUUGGUGUGUUUUAUUUUUUCUCAUGAUGUAUUUCUUACAUUGUGGGAAAGCAAAGUAACUCACUGUCAUGGAGUAAAACUUGAAAAGUGCUGUUUGGUCAGUGACAUUCAACAAACAGAGAAAGAAUCUCCCCAAAGCUAACACUAGAUGUCAUCCAGACGUCACUCAUUAGACAGGCUUUCCUCUUUGCUGUACUGUAAGUUGUAUAUUGCAGUUUGAAGUGCUGGUUACCCGAUAAGGCUGAAACCGACACUCAAUAUGUAGUCUGUUGUCUCUCUCUGCUGAAACGGAGGCUGUUAAUGACUUGUAGAUGUUUGAUAAGCACUACAUGUGUAAUGCAGAUCACUCAGUGACCCUGUCAUGUUGGCAGGGAACGAUCUUUUUGCAGAUUGACUAUAAAGCGGGUAAAUCAGAACACGGUGUUAACUUCCUGAGAGUCUGUUUUGAUUUUUCGUGAAGUGGGUAUUAUGAUUUAAAGUGUUAAAAAUGUAUCAAACGCUUUCAUGCACUGCUGCAGACGUUCUCUCGUUAGAUUAAAACUGUAUACUUGGUUUGAAAACGUGGUUAAAGUUGGACAAAUGCAGCUGAGUGAAAACAUAAUGUUGCAAAAAUCAUCACAUCUCAUAAAUAAUUACGGUGUCUUAGUUUUCUGUUUCGCUGGACGCGCUCCCUCCCACUUCUGUCACUUCUCUUUUCAGUAGAGGCGCACUGCGCUUUUACGCACGACUAGUGACACUGUGGAGAGGAGCAGAGUGCCAUGCAGACCGUCAGUGUGUGAGCGUGAACAAGAUGCUGCUGCUGCUGCUGCCUGCUCUGCUUCUUGUCCUCUGGGGAGCACCGGCUCGGUGCCUGGAGGAGAAUGGAGCCUUCACUUUUGAUGGAGACAUCCGCCUCUUCACGGUAGCCAACAACACGGUUUACGUCGCCACAGAGGAGACGCUGUACCAGCUGAGCCACGACCUGACGCUGGUCCACAGUCACACCCAGAGAGGGAUCUUGACUAGUAGUUUUCAGACAAAUAUUGCGCAUUUUUCCCGGGUUUCUGAGAAGGACAAGGAGAACGCAACUUUCCGCGUCAACAUAUUAUUGCCGUUUGUUGAGAAUAAAACUGUGAUCAGCUGCGGUGUGAUCGAGUGCGGUUACUGCGAGGUGCUAGACCUCAACAACAUUUCAAAUGUGCUGUAUACGGAGCACGUCCUGGUGGGAUCCCCAUGGCACAACAGCUCGUCCGUCGGCUUCCUGGUCAAUGUGGAGCGGGUCACAAAUACCGAGACUUACAUCCUAGCUGCCACAGAGCAACGCAAAGACAUGUCCACUAAGACCAGCUGUCUUGACCCAGAUGAGGUUAGCAUUCAUAAUACCAAUAACAAACAGUCAGGAGAAUUAUUUUCCGCUAUUGACUAUUCCUCAAGACCUAAAAUCACAAGUACAGGCAGUGUGGAGUUUGUGGAUGGAUUUCAGCUCAAUUCAAUCAUUUAUCUUUUGUCCAACGUGCCCUCCAGCGACAAGAGCAACAAAGUCCGUCUCAUCUGGCUCCAGGGCAGAGACAGUAAAACUCAGACCCUCGCAUCGCUGCGGGGUGCGACCCUCAGUAUCUCUGAUGGUGGUGGAGGCAGCAGACUCAUCUCCUCCUCUGUGAUCCCAGGAGGACCACCGGUGCUCUGGAGUGGAGUGUUCAGUGUGGAUGGAGGACCAACCAACACUGAGCUGCUACUGUUUGACAUCAGCCCAGAUCUCACUGGAGCCACUGAUGGAGAUCCUGACUUCUGCCGUAUCUGCCCUGGCAAGACCAAACCUGUGCCAAAGACUCUGAAGCCGAAGACAGUCCUCUUCAGACAGAGCUACAUGACCUCUGUGCUGGCAGUGAGACACAAAGCCUGGAUGGUUUUCUUCAUUGGGACAGGAGAUGGGCAGCUCAUUAAGCUUGCUGUGGACAAGAACUAUGAGACCACCUGUCCCAGGGUGCUCUACAGGGCCAGUGACGACCGCCAGCUGUUUCCCAAAAUGCACCUGGAUCAAGUGGAUCUUAAACAUGUGUACAUGCCAUUUCAAAACCAGAUGAUGCGUGUUCCUGUGUCAAAGUGCAGCACAUACACCAGUGUGCAGGACUGCUGGUCUGCACAGGACCCAUACUGCGUCUGGUGCAGCUCUAAAAGAAGGUGCAUAUUUGAAGACGAGUGCCCAGAUUCAGACUGGAUUUCCAUUCCUGAUGAUUCCCAACAGAAAAUGGUUUCCUACAGUGUUGUGAAGGAAGACACUGGACAGAUCACGCUUAACAUCCAGACACACCUGACUGGCGGCCAGAAGGCGCUGGAUAACUUUGCCUGUCAAUUCUCAUCCACUGCCACUAAGCCUUGUAGCACCGAAAGCCGUCCACAGUUCCCACGAUGCAGCUGCACCCUUUCAAGUAGCACACUUCCUGCUGAAGGCCUGGGUGUCACAGUUAAAAUUAGACUGGAAACAACAUUGUCGGAAGAUCUGAAGCUUUCCAACUGCUCUGACAUAAGGGGACCGCCAUCCUCAGUCCUGUGUCGGCAGUGUAUCAAGGCUGGAUGUGGCUGGAGCUCUAACGGCUGUUCCUGGGCAAAUCAAGGAUUGGGGAAUGACGGCAUUUGCCAAAAAAUGGAGUCAAUGAUGAACUUUUCAAAACCACAGAUCUCCUCCAUAGCUCCCAGUGUUGUGUCAUUCUACGGCAGAAACCAUGCAGUGUUGUCAGGUUCUAACCUCAGAGAUGUGACCAGAGUGAGGAUCCAGGAGGACAUGGACUGCACUCCAAAAGAAUCUCCUGUGUGGAACAACACUGGUGUGAGUCUGACGUUCCACAUUCCCAGUGCCGAUAAUAAAGGUGUGGUCCAAGUGUGUGUUGUCCUCCAAGACGGUAGUUGCCAUGGCAGCGCAAAAAUCAACUACCGGUCAUCUCCAUCCUGCACCAACAUUACACCACGCAGCAGCUGGGCCAGUGGGAAGAGGAAGAUCACACUCAUCGGAUCCCAUCUGGAGUUUGUGGAAGGGGUGGUGCACAGCCACGCCCUGCAGGAAGUCAAACCUCCGAGAAACAGCAGCUAUCAGUAUCUCACCUAUGAAUCACCUGCAGCUGAAAAAGGGAUUUCUACCAGCACUGUGUCUCUGAAAGUAGCCAAUGAAACCUUGUCCUGCUCCACAAUAAUAAGCUACUAUCCAGACCCCGAGUUCACUGCCUUCACAGCCAUAAAGACCGGGGCCGAUGUCCGCAUCAGCAUACAGAAAAAGGCAGACCAACUGGAGAUGAGCCCCGCAGAAGUGUCAGUGUGGGGCGUAGAGGACGGAAAACAAUACCCCUGCAUCAUAGAAGUGAAAGAAACCAGCGAGGACCUUUUCAUCUGUCAGAUUAAGAACACAUCCGACAAUAAUUUUCAGCAGUUAAAGAUAACGUAUGGUGACAAGACGGUAACACUCGGGGAACUAUCUUUGUCUUUAUUACAUAAGGUCAUUCUGACACUGCGUAUUGUGCUGAUACCCUUUAUUAUUUUUGCACUGGUGAUUAUCUGUCUGUGGCAAAAGAAGCUCACUGCUGAGAUGAACCAGCUGUGACCAUGUCCUCAAACCUGGUGGACUUUCUGCAACUUCAUUAUCAUGUCAGACACCGUAUUUUAUUUAAGAUUUAUUCCUCUUGAUACCCAUUUCUCCACCUGUUGGUCACUGGAGUAAAGUUCACUCUCUGGUCCAAUAUAAUGUAGAGGGAAAACACCUUAACUAUGCAGUGAGUGUAAAAGGGCUUCCUGCAGUCUUCAGUUUUUGGCUUUAACAGUAUCUUGCAACAACUUCACUAUUGUUUAACUCUGGUAUAGUUGUAUCCAUACACUGUAUAUAAAUAAUGGACGUAGUCACCGUGACGUCACCCAUUGGUUUGUGGACUGCCCGUUGGAAGCCUCGAGUUCAGCCUUGUCAGUGACCUGUCAAUCAAAGCUAGAAACACCCCAAAUCAUACGAUUCUUUAUCUUCUAUUAUCUUCUAAACGGGGCCAUUAUUAGAACUAUUGACAUCAAAUUGUCUUGAAGAUCAUUUUUUAACUAGUGAUUGAGACCAUAUUGUUGUCCUGAAAAAAUUUUCUGAGGUAAUAAAUCAAGUGAGAAGUUUUAAAAUUUUGCACUGAAAUGAAUGGGCAGAUUUUUUUUCCAGCCAAACUUAGCACCCCCUACUGUAAUUUUCGGUGGAUUGCAGGCUUAAUGCACUUCCUGGUUGGCCUCCAUGCUCAGACAUGGAGAUUGCUGCCUGGUUGUAUCUUAGAAAAAUUACAAGAUUUAGGUUUUGUGUCCUGGCCCAGACACCCCAGUUGAGAGUAUAUCAGAGGGACUCGAACUAGGAACUUUAUAAUCAAAUCGACAGUGUCUUAAACGUCUUGGCCUCAAAAAACGAUCCCAUAUGUCAUAUUUUAGAGUUUGAAUAGAAAAAAACAUAAAUACAGACAACAGCUCUUUCCUGGGCUUUACAUUUGAUGUGUGAUUGAUGCAUUAUUAGUUACAUACUUUAAUUGAAAGGGUUGAGAAGUUGUUUUUUUUAACUAUAAAAUCCUAAAAAAUGUACUCCAUAAACAGGUUUAAUGUGAUUUAGCUUACUUCUCUGCUGAUAUUCUGGUGAUGACAAGUCUUCAGGAAGUCACUGCAUCCGGCAAAAAACAUCAUCCUGUGAAACCGCAAGUGGUUUUUAUACUUUGCAGAACCAGACCAGCUAAGGCAGCUGUCACUUCACAUUUACAGACUUCAGUCUGAAGAGUGGUGUGAUGUUAAAUGACCUGUAUGGCCCAGAAUAAUUACAUUAUCUGUUGUUUUUAUGUUUUCAUGAAUUUUAGAGUAAUGCUGGUAGCAGAUUAAUAAUGUAAAGUAAACAGCAGGUGUGUCCUCCAAAAGGAAGAUGUCUUACCUUUUUUCUUUGUCCAGCAUGAAGUUGUCAAAGGCACAAGAUUAGUCAAUAUUCCACUUCCUGUUGUGAUUGAUACUGAGUAAUAUAAUGUAUUUUUGUAGUUUUUAUUAUAGAGUUAGUGUGUGUAAGCUAGCAAGGAUGCUAUGUAGACUCAGUCUACCUUCAUCUCAGUCAUGUUAACAAGCAUUUAGCUUUGCUGUAUAGAGUCCAAAUAAGUGCUGAACUAUGAGAGUGUGUAUUGCAGUAGCCACUGUAUAUUGGUCAACACAUGCUUGAAUGACUGGAGCUGCACUUUAUGUGGUGUUCACUGCCU